GGCAUAGUAAUUUUGCUCUGUGCUUGUGAGAAAGGGAAGAAAGGAGCGUAGCCUUCAACGAAGUGCGGCUGGGUUAACAAGGAGGGCACUGGCGCUUUAUCAUUAUUAUUGUCCGUACAUUUUGCCCGUUUCCGCGUUCUUAACCUGGCGAAGGGUUGAACGGUUAAAAUGGAGGCGGACAGAUCCGGUGGAGGACCGAACCCGAACUUCGGAGGCGGCGGAGCGGGGCGCAACCCAAACGGGCCCAAAGCAGCACCGGGCCAGUCAGUACCAGUAGCCGCUACUGGAGGAAUGGUAGCAGCAGCAGCGGCGGCGGCCGCGGCGGUCGGGGCCAUGCCCGGAUCGUCACACCUCCGCGAAUCACAGCAGGAGGGCGAUUCGGGAAUGACUCUUCCCGGGAUCCUGCACUUCAUCCAGUACGAAUGGGGACGCUUCCAGGCCGAGAAAUACCGCUGGGAGGCGGAGAGAGACGAACUUCGGGCUCAGGUAGCAUUCCUGCAAGGUGAGCGGAAAGGACAAGAGAACACAAAACAGUACCUUGUGAGACGGAUUAAAAUGUUGGAAUAUGCCCUCAAACAAGAAAGGGCAAAACACCAAAAGCUGAAGACAGGAAAUGACCUGAGUCCUGGUGACAAGAAACCAGAGAUGGAAGCAGAACCCAUUCCCAAUGGCCCAGCUGAGUCCGAUUCUGAGCCAGCCAAUCAAAUGUCAUGGAAGGAAGGACGUCAGCUACUACGCAAAUAUCUCGAGGAAGUGGGCUACUCGGACACCAUACUAGACAUGCGUUCAAAGCGAGUGCGCUCCCUGCUCGGGCGAAGCAGCCCCGAGGCCAACGGGCCUCCGCCGCCCGAAUCCUCCCCGGAGCCGCGGGCAGCUGGAGAAUCUUUGUUGGUCAGACAGAUAGAAGAACAAAUCAAGAGGAACGCAGGCAAAGAAAGCUCAAAGGAACGUCUCGGCGGAUCGGUGCUCGAUAAGAUCCCCUUCCUGCACGGAUGCGAAGACGACGAUGAAGACGACAGCGACGAGGACGACGACUUCCAAGGCAUGGCGACAGACUGCAUCGAUGGCCCUCGCAAGAGCAGAAAGUCUCGAGUAAAGAUGGUUUCCGAGCCCAUGACCACAGACCUGGACCCGGAGGACGAGGAGGACGAGGACGACUCGGAAGACGCCCUGAGCGAAUUUGACUUUCUGGGAUCCGGGGAGGAUGGGGAGGGGGCGGGCGAGGCCAGGAUCUCAGGGGACGGACGGGAGUUAGAGAACCGCAGGAACAAGUUACAAGGCAUGAUGCCGGACUACCCCGCAAUGCCUGCCCCGCCCCCUUCUGUAUCGGGACAAGCUCGCUCUGGCGAAGGUGGUGCCCUGGGUUUCUCCUCGGAUGUCUUCAUAAUGGACGCAGUCGGAGGCGGAGACAUGAACUUGGGCGAACUGGCUGAUCUCACCGUCGCCAAUGACAACGAUCUCUCCAUGGAUAUGCAGGAUAACAGGGAGGAGUUCAAGAAGACGUGGAACCCCCGUUUCACCCUGCGCAGCCACUUUGACGCCAUCCGCGCGUUGACGUUUCAUCCCGGCCAGGCGGUGCUGCUCACGGCCUCGGAAGAUGGAACCCUCAAACUAUGGAACCUCAAUAAGGCCAUGCAUUCCAAAAAAAACGCUGCUUUAGAUGUUGAGCCCAUCUACACAUUUAGAGCGCACAGUGGUGCCGUUUUGUCACUGACUAUGGGAGAAGAUGGAGACUCCUGCUACAGCGGAGGCCUGGAUGGAAGCGUACGGUGUUGGAAGAUGCCGGACCUCAAUGUGGAUCCUUACGAUAACUACGAUCCCGGCAUCGAGAGCAGCGUGCUGGCCGGUCACGAGGAUAGCGUGUGGGGUCUCACAUACUCGGCAGUCCACCGUCGGCUGGCUUCGUGCUCAGCCGACGGCACCGUUCGCAUCUGGGACCCGCUCAACUCUGCCCCCUGCCUGUCUGUCAUCAAUAAGGAAAGAGAACACGGGACGCCCACGUCGGUGGCCUUUGUGGCUUCUGACCCCAACCAGGUGGUUGUGUCGUUUGACGCCGGCGAAACUCUGCUUUAUGACCUCAACACGGAGCAGAGCAUCACGGCACUAGAGACGCACACCAAAGAUGGAAGUGAACUAAUUAACCGUGUGGUCAGUCACCCAUCUGAGCCCCUUUCCAUCACUGCACACGAGAACCGCACCAUCCGCUUCUUGGACAACAAGACAGGUACAGUGGUCCAUUCCAUGGUGGCCCACUUGGAUGCAGUUACAUGUCUCACUACAGAUCCAAAAGGCACUUACCUCAUCUCGGGCAGCCACGACUGCUCCGUGCGCCUAUGGAUGCUCGACAACAGGACGUGCGUGCAGGAGAUCACGGCCCACAGGAAGAAGCACGACGAGGCCAUUCACGACGUGGCCUUCCAUAGCUCGCAGCCCUUCAUCGCCAGCGCCGGCGCCGACGCACUCGCCAAGAUCUUUGUCUAAUGGCACCGCGGUUCCAUCUGACACCCUCUACUGUGCCGAAAGAGACGACAGUGGACUGACUUUCCCCUUCACGCACACACGCACACACACACAGUCUGUCCUGCACCCCACUGGCUGGGUUUUUGUCACAGGACGUCACCUCCCCCAACUUCCUCACUGUUUUAUGCCUCAGUGACUUCUUGUUAUACAAACCACACAGCUUUUUUUUUUUUAGAAGCGCCUAACUGCAGCUUCAAAUAAGAUCACCCUUUUUUCUACACUACAAUCCGCUUUUCCGCUUUCUCUUUCUUUUGUCUUUUUUUUUUAAUUCCGAGUCUACCCACGGUUAUAUCAAGGUGGCAUGUGCACUCGUGCUCUAUAACUUACCGCUCGUGUUUUAAGGAGAGCCACCAAGUCGACUCGUUCAUGCAUGCCGCGCAAAUGCAAAGCGUAAAUCUCGUGUGGCUGACUGGGGGAUGUCGGUGUGCAUUAUCAAAUCGUGGAAUCGGCGCGUGUGUGCGUGUGUGUCACAUUCCAAAGACUCAAUGAGGAGUGUGUGUGCGCGCUGUUAUUUCUAUCCCCUAAGGUCCGAGAAUGUUCAACAUGCCAGUGUUUCAACUAAUAGCUUUAAUUUCAACUUGGCCAAGACCCGCUUUCACUGUUUAAGUGUCGUAUGGAAUGUUUAUCCCCAUGAAUUCCUCUACAUUUAAAGUGGAACUAAACCCAAGAUAGCAAAAAGUUUUUGUUUUUAAUGUUUAUAUCUUUGAUAUCAGGUGCUGUGUAUGAGUCAUUUCAAAAACAUUGGCGAGUUCCGGCGGAUUCCUCGGCUUCAUUCAAUAGACGGAUAGUAACGACAAGCUAAAGACACUUGUCGGGCAAAUUCUUCGCAUCAGCAUAUUUUCUUUUGUUUAUGUCUUUAAAAAAACCUCGAGGUGACGGACUUGUACAGCACUUUAUCAUUAUGGUUCAUUCAUUUGUUUUCUCAAGUGAUUUUCCAAACUUUAAAAUGGUUAAUGAUGCUUAAAAAUAACACACCAGCCUGGGAAAUUCAACGCCCUCAGCCAACACGAUUCAAUGCUCAAUUGGCUUUGACGUCACUUUCCGUCAAUGGUUUGGCCCAAUGUGGUGUUGUCACGAUGAUGAAUAAUUCAAAUAAUUACAGACUAGCGCUAGUGUAUACAAUGUAUUCAUGCUUUAAAAACAUUCGGGUUUAGUUCCCCUUAAAGUGCGCUGAUGCUCUUGUGAAUCAGUAGCGUGAGUUAUUAGAUAGAGGAAAUGCGGCGUGAGGCUUGACUGUGCGUUCCCAGCAAAUUGUUUUAUUUGCUACUUUUUACUGUACAGAGGAGCGUGUGCGCAUGCGCGUGUGUGCGCGCGCACUAGUGAAAUCAUGGUGCUAUGAAAGCCUGCGUUAGUUCAGGGACUUUUUCUGCGCGCGAGAGUAAGACUUGCAAUGUUGACGUCACUGUUGAAUCAUUUCAUCGACUUGUCAUUCAUUGUUGACUUUUCUAAAUUCCUUCUCUGUGCAAUGUGUGUAUGUAAGAGAGAACCUCAGCUUCCUCGCAUUGUUUUGUUUAUUUCGGAAUGUGUCAGUUGUUGUUCUGCAUUUAGAUUUAAAAAAGCAGGACAUCAUCCCGCAUUGUAGCACGUUAGCUCACCAUCCUGGAUGCUAGCAGUGGUAGCGUGUCAACGUAGAGGAACGGCUUCAGGGGUUAAAAGCGUUAUUUUGAAUGGGUCACGUUUAGACACCGCACAUGUGAAGCAAAGUCAUGAGGCGAUAUGUGAGAACGUCAGUUGAUCUUAGUAACGUUCCAUCAAAAAGUGUCCAAUGCUCUCUUUUGUUAUCUGUCAGGGGAAAGCCUAUCCAGUCAUGGAGAACCGUUUUCUAUAGGCGAUAUAUUUAUGAUUUAAAAAAAACUUUUGGUUUAUUACCUUGUAGUGAUGGGCAUUUUCGUCAAUAUGGUUCCAUUGUGGGGAAAUGAAAUACUCACUUUUAUUGGGCUAGAUGAAUCUGAAUGUUUUUAACUCUUUGGAUUAAUAAUCCAUUUGUCCAAAUUUUUUUAAGGUUAAUGACUGACAAUAUUGUUAUGCCCAUCCUAGUAAAGACUGAUAAUAAAUCGUUAUAAAAUGGGUCCGACUUGCAACUCUUAAGAUAACAGGGUACCUUUAAGGUCAGUUGAAUUUUUCUAAUCAUCAGGGGGAGUCCAGCGUUAGUUUUCCACAAACAGGGUUAAUGCCCCCCCCCCCCCCCCCCCCUUGGUUAUCCUUGAGAACCUUAACAAACUGGGAAAAACCAAACAAACAUGCGACUGCAUCAACUGUCGUAGCAGGUCCCCAAAGAAAAGCGGACCUUUAUAUGAAGCGUUUUUACUUUUUACAAGAAAAACGCCGCUCCCUUUUCCAUUGGAUUCCAGCAUGAACGUAUUUUCAGCAAAAGGAAAAAAAUUUUAAACUCGCGUAAAAGCAACGCAAACUACUAGCCUGCCGUGCGUAUUAGUGUUUCUAUUCAAAGUGGAGGUCCGAGUGAAAUCUUUUUCUUUUGUUUUCAAAACAAGGCUAUCAAGUAAACAAAACGUUAGGCCAAAGCCAGCUCACUAAGUUCUGACAAAUGAGUGAGACUGAAAACGGUUGUAUAGAUGCAAACCAUGCCAGUCCCAUCUCUGUUUUCUUGCAUCUCUUUUGAUUCCGAAUGCGACAUGAGCUGAAAGAAUAUUGUAAUAUCAUAAAUGAAUCUUUCCACCUUACAGGGCAUAAGACUUGCUUGUGAUUGAUAAUGACAAUGUACAACUUGUAGAAAAAAAAAA